UUUGUUGUGGAGGGGGAUUAAGCCUGCUGAUACUGAGUUUCUGUCGCCGGCGACAUUUGGCGCGGAAACUUAAAUGUCGAUGUAUAACCCGUCGAUUGUUCUCAAAAGAUUUUACAAGAUGUCAGCACCUGACAAUUCACCUGAAAGCAUCGCAGGUGCGCAGGUAAAUUCGCCUGUGCAGUUGCCAUGGUGACAGAUUGAAAACGAUGAAAUCAAUUAAUCGAAUCAGAACAAAACAUUGCAACAAAAUAUAAGAUGAGUUAGAACUAUUGUUUACAUUUCUCCUCGUAUUUGUGAAGAUAAAAAAAUACCAUCAAAGACUGAUUUUAAUCCCACGUUUGAUCAUGGACUGGAGAAACGACAUUGAAUCAACCACAAAAAAGAAUUAUUUGCAGCAGCUGAUACCAAGAUUAGGGAGACGGGCAGCUCAUAACAUCAACCAGGAUGAUGGCAGGUUUGAGGAUGAGAGUUUAGACAGUCCCAGCACAGGCGUGUCUUCCGCAGCUUCUGGGAAAAGCAUUCAGGUUCCCGUAGCACCUCCGAGGACCCGAAAAACUGGAUGGGGCGAUGAGUUGAAGAGUGCUAAAGGGCGAACGAACCAAAUUCUGGAACAGGGAAAAUUGCGAAAAUCGAAUGCUGAAGAAUCAAUCGACGACAUCCCGAUACUCCCCGAUGCAGAGGAUUUCGUUGAGGAGAAUUUAUUGUCUGAAUCAUCUGCUCACUCGGGGAUGAAUCGGGUCACAACUUACCAAGAAUUGGACACUGAUCUUAUUAAAAAUGCCUCCUUCGCAUUUUUGGAUGAUGUGAACCUCUCCCUCCUGACGGAGAAGCUGUAUCCUGAAAAACUAGUACAAGAGUCCGACGAAGUCUGGAACUGGGAGUCGACAUUCAUUCAAGUGUCUUCCGAGCUGAACAGUGAAGCCCAGAAGAAGAGCGAAACCUGAAUGAUACUUGUUGCACUCAGUGAAAUUUACUGAAUGAUUUUGUGGCUUCAUAUCUUUCUUAUCGUCGGUUUACAUGUUGAAUAAAAAACAUUUAAUGCUCAAUAUUUGGAUUA